CGCCCACAGCCCCCGCCCCUCUCGGCGCAGCAGCGAGCGCUGCGCUCCGCCGGGCUGGGGCGCGGGCUGCGCGGUGACCCCGGCUUCGGCCCGGAUGGUUCUCCUGGCGGCCCUCGGGCCCGAAGGGGGCAGCGGGGCGUCCUGCCUGUCCCCGUCCCCUUCCCCGUCCCCACCCCGGGACGCGCAGGUGGGCGAGGAUCCCGCGGACGACGAUGAGGACUUCGAGGACUUGUGCCCGUGCGAUGCCCGCAGCGUGGCCGCGGACGACGGCUUCUACCCGCCGGGGCUCGGCGAGGAGCGGGGCGCCGUCGUCCCCGAAGGCGCCCCCGAGGUCGUCCCGGUGCCCGCGGGCGCCACCGUGCUGCGCGCGGCCGGCGCCAACGACGCGGGGCUGCUGCGGGCGCUCGCACGGCGGGGGCUGCGCGCCGAGGAGGUGCAGGAGACGGACCGCAACGGCCGGACUGGCCUUCUUGUUGCCUGCUACCAUGGCUUUGUGGACGCCGUAGUGGCCCUUGCGGAGUGUCCCCACGUUGACGUCAACUGGCAGGACAAUGAGGGGAACACGGCGCUCAUCAUGGCUGCCCAGGCAGGCCACGCCACCAUCACCAACUACCUGCUGAACUACUUCCCCGGCCUGGACCUGGAGCGGAGGAACGCGUUCGGCUUCACGGCCCUGAUGAAGGCUGCCAUGCAGGGCCGCUCGGAGUGCAUCCGCGCGCUGAUGCUGGCUGGGGCGGAUGUCCACGCUCGGGACCCCUGCCGCGGGAUGUCGGCGCAGGAGUGGGCCGCCUACACGGGCCGCGUGGAGGCUGUCCGCGUCAUGCAGAGGCUGCUGGAGCGACCGUGCCCGGAGCAGUUCGGUGACAAGUACAGGCCGGAGCUGCCCGCCCUCCCCGAGGCUGCCCGGAAGCCGGCCGGCUCCAGGAACUGCUGGCAGCGGCUCUGCGAGUUCUUGCGGUGCGCGCUGAGCCCCCGCGCGAGCCCAGGCCUGGAGGACGGGGGCGUCCUGGACCACAUGGUGCGGAUGACCACGAGCCUCUACAGCCCCGCGGUGGCCGUCGUGUGUCAGACCGUGUGCCCCGAGAACCCGCCCUGUGUGGGCAGGCGGCGACUGGCGGUGCAGGAAAUCCUGGCGGCCAGGGGACACCGGGAUGCGCCUGCUCCGGGGCGGGACCGGGCGGAGCCCGCCGAGGAGCCACCGGAGCCACCGGGGACCGCGGAGGCGCCGGGCGGCCCCCGCCCCGCGUCCCCCCAGCGCCCGCGGGCCCCGGCCCCCGUCCCGCGCAAGGCCAGCCUCCUGCCCCUGCAGCUGCUGCGGCGCGGCAGCGUGCGGCCCGGCGUGGUGGUCCCCAGGGUGCGCGUGAGCAAGGCGCCCGCGCCCACCUACCAGCCCGAGCGCGCGUCGCGCAAGGGCAGCGCCAAGGACAGCGGCCACCUGCAGAUCCCCAAGUGGCGCUACAAGGAGGCCAAGGAGGAGCGGCGGCGGGCGGAGGAGGCGGAGCGGCGGCGCCUGGCCGAGGCGCAGAAGGAGAGGCGCGCGCCGCCCUGGAGGAGGAGGACGUGAGGCUGCGGGCGCCGGCCGGUGCGCCCGGGGCCGGUUCUGCCCGCUUCUGCCCGGUUCUGCCCGACCCUGCGCUAGCAGGGAGGGAGCGGCGUCAGUUUUUUAAGCCGAUUUUUCAGAGGGCGUGUUUUGCACAGUUUUGUACUUCUACUCGUUAGGAAAUUUUCAGCCUUUUACAAGGUCGGGGUUCUUUGUAGUUAAGGCAGUUUAAUACACGGGUCGGAAACCCCUUUGUUAAAACACUGUUUGUAGCCGUAAGAAUGUGUGAUGAUCACAAGAGUCAGGUGGGGUUCAGGGGUUCGCCCCUAUGCUGCUGGGCUUGGCCUCUGCGGUCUCUCUGGUGGCCUGCUUCCCGCUUUGCUUCGAUGACAGACGCUGAAUGUGUUUUCUCAUGUGUCUGGGAACUGGUCACUGCAGAACAGGCCAGGAGACAGGGACCAGGGUGCACUGUGUGACAUUCUUAAACCCCCAUCCUCACGGGGUGAUCACAGCGCUGUGAAACAUAAAUAAACGUGCGUUUACUGCUAGAAGUAAAGUCAUUUAAACAGGGGCUUUACAGGAGCGGGAUCUGAGAUCCUGAACAUGAACACAAACCAGAAGCAGAAAACUCAUUUAAUAAGGUGGGGUAAAUUUAAUAAAUGAUUGCUACAAAUACA